AUGCGCGACGACGCGGCCGCGACCGCGCGGCGGCGCGUCGCCGCACUCGCGCGUCACGCGUGCGCGGCGUCGUCGUCGUCGUCGUCGUCGUCGCGCGAAGGCGACCGCGCGGCGCGCGUCGUCGUCGUCGGCGGCAUGGUCCUCGACGUCCAGGCGUGCCCGUCGACGGGCGAGCGCGUCGCUCGAGGGACGACCGCGCCCGGGGUCGUGACGCAGCGCCCGGGCGGGGUCGGGCGGAACGUCGCCGAGGGCGUGAGCAGGUUCGCGCCGUCGCGCGCGGCCCCGCCGCUGCUCGUCGCCGCGGUCGGGGACGACGUCGGCGGCCGCGCGCUCGUCGCCGCGUGGCGCGACCUCCCCGGUCGCCCGUCGAGCGACGGCGUGCGCGUGUGCGCGGGGGAGACGACCCCGGUGGUCUCCGCGGUGAUCGACGAGACCGGCGAGGUCGCCGCCGCGAUCGCGUCGACGACGCUGGUCGAGACCGGGCUCGACGCGACCUGGUUGCGACGGCAUCGCGACGCGUUGCGACGCGCGCGCGUCGUCGUCGUCGACGGCAACGUCGCCCCGGACGUCGUCGCCGCGGCGACCGCCUUCCGCGACGACGUGACGCCCCGCCGCGCGUCGUCGUCGUCGUCGCCCUCCCCGCCGCUCGUGUGGUUCGAGCCCGUGUCCGCGGCGAAGGCGACGCGCGCGGGGCGCGCCGGGGUGUUACAUCGCUGCGACGUCGUCUCGCCGAACGCGCGAGAGCUGCGCGCGAUGGCGGACGACGCGCGACGCGAGAGACGCGGCGAGCCUCCGCCGCGUCUCUCGGCGAGCGGCGGCGAGGAUUUGGAUUUGGAUCACGAGGCGGCGGACGCGGACGUCGCGCUCGCGGCCGCGCGCGCGCACGAGGACGUGGUGGCGCUGUUGAGAGAGGGCGUCGGGACGGUCGCGUUGACGUUGGGGCCGCUCGGCGUGCUCCUGUGCCGAAAGCCGAGCGCGAGCGCGACGACGACGACGACGCGGCGUCCGGGCGCGGCGGACGAGGACGAGGACGGCGGCGCCGUGGUCUACGCGCACUACCCCGCGUGCCCUGAGGGAUUCGGAGACGGCGACGCGCGCGUGUGCGUCGUGAGCGCGGUCGGCGCCGGGGACGCGUUCGUCGCCGGCGCCGUCGCCGCCGUCGCCGCCGGGUGGGCGUUCGACGACGCCGUCGCGGUGGGCGUCGCCGCGAGUCGACGCGCGGUGGAGACGGACGCGAACGUGCCGUUCGAUCCGAGGUUCGUGUCGUUUACCGCGCUCGCGAAGGACGCGCGGGAGGUUCGCGCGCGCGUGAAGCUGUGGACGGCAACCUCGAGCGACGCGGCGGAGCGGCGAGCGAAGCGACGAGCCUAG